UUUCUCUAAUAAUAUUUUCACAUAUAUAACCCCCACCCAUGAGCUUAUACCAUUCAAUCUCUUAUAACAUAUUAAACCUUCUCUUUUCUCUUCGUUUAUUCCAAGAUUUGUUGUAAGAGUGGAAACAUGAGAACGCUUUGUCCUAACUUCGACAGAGAAGAUGGUUUAGAGACGGUGUUGGAAGUUCCCAUGCCUGAGGAGUUGUUUUGUUCUGAGAACAACAAGACCGGCGCUUGGCGAAGUGUCAAGUCUAGUUUGCUCCGGUCACCGCCGGAUAACAAUAGCAGCCUCGCCACUCUGUUCGGUGGCCGUGACGCUCAGAUUCAGAUGCUUCUUGGAAUCGUUGGAGCUCCGUUGAUCCCUCUUCCUGUCUCCUCUGAUCACGACGUUCUUGAUCAUCCCAUCUCCAAACUCAUCAAGAACCAAUCUAUUGAAGCAGCCAUGGCUAAGUACAUAGUGAAGCAAUACACCGCAGCAGCUGGAGGAGAGACGGCAUUGGCUGGAGUAGAGAGCAUGUACGCGAUGGGGAAAGUUAAAAUGGGAGUCACAGAGUUUUGUGCAGCGAAAACCCUAAUUGGAAAGAGGAAGAAGAAGAUGUUAAAGAUCAGAAACGUCAACAACGUAAACGGAGGAGAGGUGGGUGGUUUCGUGUUAUGGAAGAAAGGCUCGAGUCAAUGGAGUCUAGAGCUUGUGGUUUCCGGUUGUAAAGUCAGUGCUGGUUGUGAUGGUAACGUGGCGUGGAAGCAAAGUCCUUGGCUCGAACAUUCUCAAGCUUCUAAUGAGUGUUCUGGUCCACUUAGAAGGUUCCUCCAAGGGCUUGAUCCAAAAACCACAGCGAAUAUGUUUUCUGGAUCGGUUUGCGUGGGGGAGAAAGGGGUUAACGAGGAAGAAUGCUUCGUGCUUAAGCUCGAAACACAGCCUUCAGAGCUUAAAUCAAGAAGCAAGAGAGGCAUGGAGACGGUGAAGCAUACAGUGUGGGGUUGUUUUAGUCAAAGAACAGGACUCUUGGUUCAACUAGAAGACACUUAUCUCGUAAGGAUCAAGACUGGUCCUGAGGAAGAAGAUGUAGUCUUGUGGGAAACCACCUCUGAGACAAUGAUCCAAGAUUACAAGAGCGUUGAUGGGAUUCAGAUAGCUCAUAAAGGAAGAACACGCGUAUCAUUACUGAGGCUUGAUGAGAGCUUAGAGAGUCAUUCAAAGACAACAAUGGAAGAGAGCUGGGAGAUUGAAGAAGUGGGUUUUAAUGUGAAGGGUUUGUCUUCUGAUUUCUUCUUGCCUCCAGGUGACUUGUGUACCAAGGAAAAUGAAGAAAGUGGGUUUAGCUUUGGAGACUAUACUAGUCCCAUGAUGAUUCCAUUGAAGGUUAGCACAGAUUCAUGGAAUCUCAAGUCCUCUAAAGUCACAGCUAUUGAAGAUUUUGGAGAUUCUGAAUGAUUAAAAGGAUGAAGACGUUUCAAGAAUAUUUU